AUGUGUCCCGAGUUUCAACUUUCAAUACUCACGACUCUCAAUCUCAUUCGUGAAGGAAAAGACGAUAUCCUUUCAACAAUUGCAGACAUGGCACUAGAAAUCUCUGGAUAUCGAUCUAUAUCAAGAAUACGUCCUCUGGUCGUAACCUCUUGUGAAACCGUAUACUCUGCGAACUUUUACACCAAAUAUUUUUCACAAAGCGACCAAGAUUGUUAUCCGGAGAGACAGUCUCUUGGUGCUAAGCUGGCUAGACUUACAGAAACGCUAGAUGAUAUCCGGUUACUGAGCAAUCGAAUCGCUUCUCGAGGGCGUCUUUCAGCUACGCUCGUUGAACGCAUCGGUUUCUGGGAGUCGAACAAGAUACAGAAACUCCAAAAUAUCCUGAAAGCUAUGAUUAUUCAUGAUUUUUGGCCGGAGGAUCAGAAGAUGUUUAACACGCAGAGAAACAUAGAGGAGACAAAAGUUCAAGCUCAAGCACCAAUCCGAGUAGAGUGCGCACAGAAGAUCCGUUGA